UAUGUCUGAAGCAGUGAAGAUCCUGAAACCAGACUACCUUUUGCAUGCUAUCAAAGAGCAUGACAUGGAUCAGGCUAUCAUCUUUUGCAGAACCAAACUAGACUGUGAUAAUGUUGAGAAGUUCUUAAUCAAACAUGGUGGAGGUCCAAGGCCUACGAUGCCUGAUAGCAAAUUCUCAUGUGUCUGUCUUCAUGGUGAUCGUAGGCCACAAGAAAGACGAGAAAACUUGCAACGAUUUAAGAGUUUUGAAGUUGCACUACUUAUCUGUACAGAUGUAGCAGCAAGAGGCCUAGACAUAAGUGGUGUUCCAUAUGUUAUCAAUGUUACGAUGCCAGAUGAAAAACAGAACUACGUCCAUCGCAUUGGUCGAGUAGGAAGAGCCGAAAGGAUGGGUUUGGCAAUUUCACUUGUAUCAACAGUACCUGAAAAGGUUUGGUAUCAUUCAUGCCCAAGCAGAGGUAAGAAUUGUAACAACACAAGACUGAAGACUGAUAAUGGCUGCUGCAUAUGGUACAAUGAAAUGCAGUAUCUGGCUGAUGUUGAGGAACACCUUGGUAUAACCAUUGACACUGUGGACAAGGACAUGAAGGUAUUGGUCAAUGAGUUUGAUGGCAAAGUCACUUACGGUCAGAAGAGUCAAAACAAAGGUAAUAAAUAGAUUAUUUCACAUUUU